GCAAUCCCUAACCAUGCCGUUGCCAUCCCUAAUAAUCCAUGCCGUUGCCAUCCCUAAUAAUCGUGUCAUUUUGGGCAAGAGAAUCUUAAAUGGGACGGAAGGUGUGAUAUAUUUUUUAGAUAGUUUGGUGGCGCGCGGAAAUUUCUCGAUAAUUUACGGCAUACCCGUUGCCCCGCACAUAACUGAUUGCCACCUUGAUGGCAACAUCAUCCUACCACUUCUUUCUUCUAUCCGAAACAAAGUCUCUCCGUCUACUACAGCUUUCGACAGUUGAAGGAUAAAAAAGCUCACCCUCAUACAUCGGACAUCGUAAAACCAUCUUUAGUGGCCGAUCGUUUGAGGGAGCGAUAUUCAGAGUGUUGUCAAAUUUAAUGGAUGAAGCUUCAAAUGCAUUUCCUCCUUUCCUUGCGAAGACAUAUGAAAUGGUGGAUAACUCCUCAACUGACCCUAUCGUCUCUUGGAGUCAGAGCAACAGAAGUUUCAUUGUUUGGAACCCGCCAGAAUUUUCGAGAGAUCUCUUGCCCAGAUACUUCAAGCAUAACAACUUCUCCAGCUUUAUCAGACAGCUGAAUACUUACGGGUUCAGGAAAGUUGAUCCUGAGCAAUGGGAAUUUGCAAAUGAUGACUUUGUUAGAGAUCAGCCACAACUUAUGAAGAACAUCCACAGAAGAAAACCGGUUCAUAGUCACUCUACACUUAAUCUUCAGGCCUCAUCUCCAUUGAAUGAAUCUGAAAGACAAGAGUACAAGGAUGACAUCACAAAGCUGAAUCGUGAAAAAGAGUCUAUUCAGUUGGAACUUCAAAGACAUAAGCAGGAAAACCAGGGACUUGAGUUGCAAAUGCACGGGUUGACUGAACAGUUACAGCACGUGGAGCAGGGACAAAGGAGUAUGCUAUCCUCCUUAGCUGAACUGCUUGAUAAACCAGAGCUGGCGCUAAGUCUGUUUCCCCAAAUGGCAUUGCAUUAUAGGAAGAGACGGCUUACAGGAAGCAGUUACCUAUAUGCUGAAAGUGUCAUUAACGGCAAUCGACCAAUGGAAGACAUCAUCCAAAAUACUCUUCCUACCUUCAACAAGGAGUUGUUAGAUCAAUUAGACUCGUCUUUGGUAUUCUGGGAGAAUGUGUUUCACGAUGUUGGUCAAAUGGUUCAGGUCCAUGAGAGUUCAGGAACUGAGUUGGAUGAAUCUACAAGUUGCUGUGCAGAUAGCCCCGCCAUAUCAUACACACAGCUUGAUGACGAUGGCAGACCCAAGACUCCAGGAAUUGACAUUAAUGCUGAGCCAAAUAAGAACCUGGUUUCGGAGGUGGGCCCACACCAAGAUCCUGAAACGGUACAAGGGGUUGCUCCUAAGACACCCACAAGAGUAAAUGACUUGUUCUGGGAACAAUUCCUGACGGAGAAUCCCGGCUCAACUGAUGCUCCAGAGGUACAGUCAGAAAGGAAAGAUCUUGAUGGCAGAAAAAGUGAAAAUAAAGCAGCCGGGCAAGGGAAGUUCUGGUGGAAACACUAGUGAAAAAAGGCCUUUUACAUCACCUUAUCUACAUGUGUUAUCUCAAAACACAUGCGAAAAACUGACAUGGAGUCUUUUUACCAUUUAUAUAAUUUUUUCACAGCGGUUGUUAUACCAAUGUUAAAUAGUGAAACGGGGUAUAUUUUGAAAUUUUAUUAAAUCUUCUACAUCGGUUGUCUGCGAAGCCGAUGUUAACAAAUGCGACAACAACAACAACAUCCAUGCCUUAGUCCUAAAAGGGGAAAAAGAAAACUCAUGUAGAAAAAAGGAAAAAGAAAAAAUACGUGCAUAAUUCCAGAUCGGUUAUAAUUGAUCUGGAUGGAUUUGAUGUUAUAUGAAGGUAUGAUACGUCAGUCUGUGGAAUCCACCCAUACGUAAACCUAGCCAAACUUCAGGCAGAGGGAGCAUUGGCCCGUUAUUCAAUCCCAGCGGCGUACUCUUGCCAUAAUUGACGCGAUGGUGAGGUAAAGCUGCUCCAGCUUCGGCGUCAAUUGCAGGUCCCCACUUCGUGCCUUCAUUGUCAGGCGACAUCGAGCGAGAAGAGGAGUAGGCCGGCGUUCGAGAGAGCAUAGCGGUAGGACGCCGUCCUAGAGAGCAGAGCAGUAGGACGCCGGACGAGUUUUCGCCAGGCCAGCAAUUUGAGUUACCAUCGCUGUAGGUAAACCUGUCCACGGUUCAAAUCAGAACCUGAACCGAGACUCGGAUCAAAGUUGCCCCAUUUCUGCAUAUGGUGGAUGUCCGUAAGGCAGCUGGGGACACACUUGAAUAUCAUAGGGUUAGCUUGCUUUACUUUUGAUCUUCAACCAUUGACUUUGGAAUUUCUUUAAUUUAGAAUUUCUUUGUCUUCCUUCCCCAAAUUCUUUUGGGAUCAAGGCUUGGAUGUUGUUCUUGUUGUUGGAGAAAUUUGUCUUCUUUUGCGGCACUGGGGAUUUGAUGAUGAUGGAGAAAUUUGUCUUGUUGGACUUAAAAGUUUAUUUAUUUAUUUAUUUAUUUUUGAAGGAAGAACAUGCCUAUGUUAAAUGUUGAGUUUGCUUUGCAGUUCUACAUGAACUUCUGUGAUAAAAUUGACCAUGUUAUUUGGAAAUCAAUGGAGGGGAUGGAAAAUGCUGCUCCGCUACUAUGAAACUAUCUGUUUUGAUUCCAAGGCAUGAAGUGAAUCACUUGACUAUGAGAUAACUGCUAAACAUAAACUUCGACUUGAUUACAUGGUAGUUACCUACACCUGUACUGAGUUAGAAAAUUAUAUUGUCCCUAUACUUCAAUACUGGCAGCAUGUAAGCAGCUGCAAAGCUAUUAUGCUGUUUUUACAAUUGACCGGCCAAUUCUUCAUUUUGGCGUAGGGCAGAUUUAGUUCUAGUUUUUACGAUGUAUAUGGAUUCUAUUAUUUGUACUUUAUAGUGUGAAAGCAGAGUCGAGAAAUUCCGUAAUGAAGACAGUGUGAUGCAAAGGAUUAGAAGCCGUAGAAGAGCCCAAAAUCAUUGGGGCAAGGCGAAUUAUUUGAUACUCCCUCUGUUUUAAUCCAUUGAUGUUUUUAGCAUUUUGGUUCUGCAUCUUUUAUAUAAGAAAGUGAUCAUUUUUCUUGUGUAUAAUUAGUUCAAAAAUGGCAAAGGUACCUCAAUUUGCACCCCAAUUUGUACUCCACCUUAUUUUUGUGGCUCACAAAGGCAGCUCAUUAAAGUGGAGCAAUUCAUUUAUUAAAGUGGGCUUUUGUGAGCCACCUGGGGUACAAAUUGGGGUACAAAUUGGGUACCUAUAGCACGGUUGUAAUUAGUUUGUUUUAUAUAAGAAAGUGAUCAUUUUUCUUGUGUAUAA